AUACUAUUUACUAAGAAGAACAAAAGCAACGAAGCUGUGCACCAAAGACGUCCCGUCGAGUGACAGACAUCAUCAACACGGAAGAAAGAGAGAAAAAACACGCGGAAGACAAAAAGAUAGAAGAGAGAGAAAUUAUUUGCAGGUACAGCUACGGGUCGCUUCGCUCUUGGCAACCGAGCAAUUCUCACAGGAAUACGAAGCAGAAUGGGCUUCGCUGGGAUCGAUCUACGUGGCGACCUAACAGGCAGAUCGAUCGACCGUCCUACGAGUUUUCAAAGGAGUCCAGAAUCUCUAGAAAUGGACCACAUUUGACAACGUUUGGGUUCAUAUUACUGAGGUUGGAAUUUUUAUUCGAUGCCUCAUUUCAUUUAAUAGUUCAGUGCCUUUUAAUUUAAUCGGAGUAAAUUUCGAGCUGAAAUUUGUUCGAAUCCGGAGAAAAUUUUGCAUGCCGUGAACGAAGUAAAAAUUAGUGUGUAAGUUUGGGGGUAUGGGAGGCUAGAAACAGAAAAACUUAUGAAUUUUUUGUUCCGCGGCUUUAUGUUGUGAGCCGAGGGUUUUGAAUUUGAACUUUGAAAUUCAAGGGUUAAGCAGGUCAAAAGAAACAAUUGCUGUAUUUGUGGCGGAUUUUUAAACGUUUGAAUUUGCUGCGACGGCCAGGGUUCGAUUCGCAAAGAUUAAAUGUUUUGGGCCUGGAAAAGCAGCGGAGACAGUAGUCUUUAAGAAUUAUGGUACAAAACCUAGCUCAUUUUGUGGCGUUUUUGAAGGCGCGAGUUCGCUUUGCGGCGUUGGCAAGGGUUUGAUUUGCAAGACUUGCGAGGUCGAAGUCUCAAGUUAAGAGGUUAGACUAGUUCUGGAGAAAUUUUGCAUCUUUGUAAAGACAAACCUAGGUAUAUUUUGGACACCUUUAAGUCUCGGCUUUAUUGCGUUGGCGAGGGUUGCAAUAGCAAGUGCUGUGAAGGCUUAAAUCUUGUAAAUCAGAGACUUUCAGAAUUUUGCAUUUUUUCAAAGUUAAACUUCUUUUUUAUUUUGGUGAAGGAUUGGCUCAACUGCACACCAUUCAAUUAACAUGAUUUACAAAGCUGGAUUCUGAACCGUUGAUUGGAGGGUUAGAUGUUAAGGCCUGGCUGUUUCUUGUGGUGCCUCUUAAAAGUUUGACUUCUGUGCGCCAAGGGUUUUGAUUUACAGGGUUUCCAGAGGUUCAACUUUUUAAAUUCAGAGUUGAGAGCAGAUUUUGAGUUCCUCCUUGUUUUUCAAUAUGCCUCGAGGCUCUCGGAACAAGUCUCAUAAGCAGCAUCACAAGCAAUCUGUAAAAGAUUUGGAGGAUUCAGAUGAGGGUGAGAAUACUAGAUAUGGGCCUGAGUUGCUCCCGGAACCUAAACUGGAGGGCAAAAGAGGAAGAGAAGAUGGAAAAGUUGAUUCUUCCAGGGAAAAACAUGAAAUCCAGAAGAGGAAAUCACAGCCACAGCCGAGAGAGCUCGGUCCAGGCAGUUCGUCAGCAACAUAUUUUCCUGCUAAGAGGAAAAGAGGAGCUGUGGAAUCUUUGGAGGUUGUUGAAGCCAAUGCGUCUGUAAUAUCUGUAAGCGUAGAUCGGUGGAAUGGAGGUGAGAUGCAGGGUGAUGCACUUUCCUUGCUUCCCUAUCAUUCUAGGACAGAUUCUGAAAGCUCAGGUAGGAAUGUUGGGGGUACAGAUGAUAAAGAUGAUGUUAGGACUGAAGAUAAGGUGAAAAAGUCAAUAAAGGGGAGGGUUCCUGAUACAGGAGCUGGAAGUGCCAAGAUUGAUGUGUCUGAAUCUAUUCACAAUGUGAAGGGUGGGAGGAGUAAGGGCAGCAAGAGGAAGGAAACACAGGAUUCUGCUGUUGAUCAGGGUAAUUCUGUGAAAUUGGCUGAGGAAUCAUCAUUAAAGAUGGAUUCAGAGGUUUUUAACAUUGGGAAAUUGGAACUCGCAAAGUCUGGAACAAAGGGGAGAUGGGACAAAGGCAUAGCUAGAAAGGAAUCCAAAGAGGCAGAUGAAGGGACAGGGGCAUCCAGUCGUGAUGCUCAAAGGGGAUCUGAGCGGGAGAAAAAAGUCCGCAACUUAAAGCCAGAGAAGACAACUGAUUCCUUGGCUGGUCCUGCAAAGACUUAUGAAAGUCACAAGAAUGAAGGCUUUCUGGAAGAGUCAUCGAUCAAGCAAGAACAGAAAAAUACAGAGUGGCAGCUACAAGAGGAGGUACGAAAUAUUGAACUUGAGAAGGAACUUGAAAAUCGCAUUCAGCGACGACGAAGAGAGGAGUCUGGUGAGAGGGACAGGUGGCGUGAUGAUGACAGGGAUCUUGAAGGAAAACGCUUUUACAGGGAUGAACGGAAAAAGGAUGACAGGUAUAAAGAUGAGAAGCAAAGAGAUGAUCGAUAUAAGGAUGAUAGGCAUAAGGAUGACAGAAAUAAAGAUGACAAGUAUAGGGAAGAGAAAUACUUAGAGGACCGCCAAAGGGGUGAUAAGCACCAAGAAAAUAAGCAUAGGGAUUUGCGAUUAUCUCGAGAACGAACUACUGAAAAAUAUGAUAGCAAACAUUCAAGGGAUGGAACUAAGGUGCCAGAAAGCCACUAUAAAGAAAACAAGAAUGGUGACAGUGACCGGGAUUAUAGUUCUCACUAUGAUGAUCAGUACAAUCAACCUAAAGAUCAUCACAACCAAAAUCGGCCAGGCCAUGCUCGUGAGGAAUCUAAAGAAGCCAAAACCCAUGCAAACAAAGCUUCUUUUGCAGAAGGUGACUGUAGAGGCUUGAUCACAGGUCAUCAAGAUGUUAAUCGAGACCAUGAAAAUUCAUUGUUGGUUCUUCCAAGUUCUGAGGCAGGUGAUUCUUUUACUGAUAAAAAGGUUAAAAGGGUCCACGAAUUUGUUUCAGAAAUUCACAAAGAAGAGCGCAGAUUGAAAUUCAAGCAGUCAGACCAAUUUUCAAAGAAUGUGGAGCAGCUUACCAGCCACUCUAGAGAACCUGGUAUUUUGCACAGUAAGAGUAAGACUGAUAAGAAGAUGGAGAACCAUAGAGAUGAAUCUCCUCUUGGAAGUGCUAAAUCUUCUGCUUAUGAGGGUAGAACAUCUCCAGUUUUAAGUCACAUUGAGAGUUCACCCAAGAACAAUGGAAGGCUGUCUCCUUUUAAUUUGGCACGGAAAUCUCCAUCUUCGCAUGUUCAAGAACAUGGACAUUCUUUGUCAUAUGAAAAAACAGUUCGUAAAAACAAGUUUGAAACUGUAAACAAUGUGAGUGGUGCAGGUGGAAUGCGCAACAGAAGCUCAUAUUAUUCUAAUGCUUCUGAUAGAGACAAGCAACUGUCUGUCACAGAUGAAAUAGUGUCUAGAGAGCCUCUGGCUUCAUAUAAAAGUACUGAAGAUCAUAGAAGAUCUCCCAGCACAGAAAGGGUUAAUGAUUCUCAGAUGAAUAAUUCUUCUGUUGAUGAUUCUUUAAGGGUCCCUUAUGGUAGAGUUGGCAGUGCCCAAGAUUCGAGGCGGAUGCUUUCUGGUGGCAAUUCAGCUUCAUAUGAGAGGCCUUCUAAAAGCCGUAGAUUGGAAGAGGGAUCUUCUAGUAGGUCAGAUUGGACAGUUCAUCCUACUCCAAUGAAUAGGCCCAUGGAUAGUUCAAUAAGACCACAAGUGCCAUCUUUGACAGGUAGAGCCUCUGGCUUGCUCCCCCCUCCUCCGCCAUUUAGGCCUGGUAUUGAUAACCCUGCUAUUCUUGGUUCAUCAAGCUCUGGCUUUGACGAGGCACCAUCAUCUAGAGAUCAGCGAAGGAGUGAUCGUCAAAUUAGUGGUCAUUUUAAAAGAGGAGAGGUCAUGGGAGGAUCAGGACAAGUAGAUGUUUGGAAAGGUGUUGGUAAUUGGAAUUCUCAUGGUCAGGGACAGGGGCCAGCUAAUAUGUUCCUUCCAUUUCAGCAUCACAUUGGAGGUCAUCCACAUGGACCAUUCCUCAACAUUGGACAGCAAUUUCCAGGUCCACCCUUGUUUGGAGUAAGGCCAUCUGCGGAUAUGGGAAAUGUUCGCUAUCAUGUACGAGAUGGGGGAGAUGCAUUUCCAGGUCACAAUCGUACUCAUGGGUGGCAAAGACAAACUGAUGAUGUCUGCGGUCCUCAUAUUCAGGUUCCCUUGCAUGGAUGGGAAGGGCCAGGGUCAUAUGGAGAAGAAUCCCAUGCUUAUGGACGACCUGAUCGAGAUCAAAUUGGGCAAGGAAUCAGUGCCCGGAGCUGGGAUCGGGCAAUGGAUAUGUGGAAAGCCAACCCAAGGGAGACUGAUGAAGCUUGGGGAGGGCCUCAAGUUCCUCGAGGUCGUCUUGAGAAGAUAAGAAGGGAGAGAUCUCCAACUGAAAGCAUUGAGAUUAAAAGAUCUGAUGAAAGCCCACCCAAGGUUAUGAAAGAAAAUCAAUGCAGUAUUGUGUCUUCUGAUAUACGGAAACAAAAUAAGAACAAGUGUGACAGAAGGUCUGUGUAUCUGUCCAAGUUAGACAUAUCUGCAGACUUGGCAGGUCUGGAGCUAUACAACGAGUGUGCUGACAUGUUGGAUUCAAGAGAGAAUGUAAUUACUAAUGAUGAUACUAUCUUAAAGGAUGGGCUCAAUGAGGAUGCAACUAAGAACUUUCAAUUAGAGGUCAAUGCAGAUGCAGAGGCCCUUCUGCAAAGUUUGAACAUUCAUUCGAUGAUUUUCUCUAGCUUAUCAAAGGAGGUAUUUGAGAGAGCAUUUGCAAUCUACAAAAAUGCUACUGGGGAAACAAAAUUAGAGCCUGCUGCCAAUUCUCAUUCAAACCUGAGCAUGGGGGGUGUCCAAAAGGUAACUGUGGCAUUUGAAAGCAGUAAAGAAGGCCCUCUUCGUACUAAUUUGUAUGAUAAAACAAAUGCCGCUGUUGUGGCAAUAGCACCUGAAAACACAUUCAAAGGUUUAGCUUCAGCUAUGGAGUUGCAAACGAGCCAAGGAGACUAUGAUGUGAAGAAUCAGUUGCAAACAAGCCGCGAUUACCUUGAUAUGGCUCUUCAGGAUGAUGCAAAAGGAAAUGUUUUGUGUGGAGGUUCUAAUGUUAAAGAGCCAGUUGUGAAUGUGAAUGAUAUGGGCAAUUUACCUCUCUUAGAUGAUGCUGAUAACAUGAGAUGCUCAGAAUCUGUUGAAGCUGUCAAUGCCAGAGGAUUUCCAGUGGAACCUGCAGACGAUGUUGCAAACUUGGAACUGUUGGCUGGACACGGUCCUUUGGGUUUGUCAGGAGAAUCAGUUGCUGCUGUUGAUGCUAUUGUUUUCCUGGAAGAGCCUUCCUAUGGUAUUAAUUUUAACAAUGCAAUGAAUUUUGCAGAAGAACAAUUGGAUUAUGUUGAUCCAAUUGUACUUGAAGAAACUAAUAAAGUCUCAUAUGAUGCAAAGGAAAGUGUACUAAUAGAGGAUAAUGAGGAGGACAAGAGUGUCUCAAGUAAAUACGUGGGGAAGACUGAUGUCGGAGGCAUUGAAAAUUCACCUAAGGAAUAUUCGGCAGCAGUUGAAAACUGUGCAAUGAUUUCCGAGUCAGGUAAGGUCAGCGCAGUUUUUGACUUUUCUGUUGGUGUACACACACAGUCAGUGAGGAUGUGUGAAGUAGAAGCAGAAUCUGAUUGUAAGAUGCACAAUUCAGAAACUGUUGAGGUGAGUGAAUGUUGUGAAAGACGUGAUGACACGGAUUUAAGAUUCACAGAUCCAAAUAAACUAGUGGAGAUUAAGUAUGCCGAGGCUAGAAUUCAGGAGGAUGAAAACUCAGAAAAUCCAGAUAUAGUGCUUGAAAAUGCAGUAGAAUCUGUUGAUACUAAAAUAGGCAUACAGAAUUUCAGUCCAUAUAAUCUUCCUGGAAGUACACAUUAAGACAAUCUAAGUAUUAUUUUCUUUUUUCUUA